UCCAAUUAUCUCCAGCCUGGCCUCUGAUGAACUUGUGUGAAUCCGGGGGAAAGGGCUCUUGUGGUUUCAGAUCUGAUUUCUGGGAAAUAAAUGAGUUGAGUUUAAUAUUCUGUUUCAUCUCUCCUCCACUGCACUGAGGUUCCUCUCCACUUAAAACUCCCAAAAUAAGCAGCUGCACUUCUAAAGGCUGGCACGUCAAUUAAAGAGGUGCCAGGUGAUGUCACAACCCAGUCAUUAACGCUCUGAGGUAACUGCUAAACAGAGUCAGGUGUCCACGGCCGUGGCCACUUCUGGCAGAUCUGCAGGGUUUUUAUCAGCAAUCCGGUCCGAGGAUUGUGUUACAGUAACCCAUUACACAGUUUGUAGUGUACAGUGUUGGGUUGCAGUGGAAAAGGAGGCGUCCACGGUGCGGUGGAAGUGAAGUAGCAGGCGGGCUGGCAGCGGCGCAGCAGUCGAGGGGCAGGGCGGCACAGGGAAGGAACGCUGCCUCGGAGCGCGCCGCGCGUAACGAAGGGACGCGGUGAUUGACAAUCGGAGGCACGGAGCGCCCCGUGCGGCACGCAAGCGGAGCACGCAGAUCUCCCCGUUGCCGUGUUGUGAAAGGCAUCUCUGUGAGACACCAGCGCGAUCAGCCCGGCGCGGAGAAAGGAGCCUCUGUCCGUUCCCUGGGCUCCGUCUCGGAGUCUUCUCGCCGAAUUAAGUAGCGACUAGAAGGACGGCGGCCGCUCCGACACCCACUCCCCAUCCCGUCCCCACCUGCUCAGUCAUAACUGGACACCGUGUGGGCUGAGCCGGCGUCUCAAAGUGUCCUGGAUACCGGAGUGGAUGGACUUCAUGGUCAGGUUACACUUUGCAAUCUGAGCUAAAGAAGAUUUUGUCGAUUCCUUUUUUUUUCUCCUGGAGUAAACGGACUGCGCCCGGUGCCUUCGGAAUCAUAUAUUGGGUAUUUUUUGGGUUUUUCUUUUUCUUUUUCUUUUUUGGUUAAAUCCUGCAUGAUUGUGAUGCGAUUGUGAGUCAAGAUACAAUACAAUCCCUGGAUUCUCUGCACACUGCUGUCUUUUUUUUAAAAUUCUUUUUAGUUGGAAUAACGCUCAGACAAUCAGCGGACUCUCGGGAGGGAAUUUCGGUGCGUAAUUUGUGCGGUGUGUGCGGUUGGCGAGCCGCAGAAGUAGUUGUGCCUCCCUUCUGGGUUUUUUCUUCUUUUUUUCUUCAUGUCCAAUACACCAUUUUCCCAUGGAGUAGGCUUAAAUCACAUGUAAAGACUUCAUUUUUUUAAAAAAAGAGCGUUUUUUUGUUUGUUUGGUUGUUUUUUUCCUCUGUCGCCUGGAACGAACAGGCGGAUCUAUGCGCAGAUUCACCGUAGGAUGGUAAAUGACCGAUGGGGAAUCAUGAACAGCUCUUCUGAACUCGAAGAUGGGACUCGGCACAAAAACCAGAUCAUCAAACUCAACUUACAAACGUUCUGUGAGUGUGUGCCCAGCUCCUCCCAGCUCAAACACCGCUGGUCAGACUCAGAAACCGCCAGGGAGACGCCAGCCAAGAGGAUGAGCUGCAGCUACCUGCUUUGCACUAUCCUGCUCUUCGUCGCCGUAUUGCUCGCUGUCACCGUAACCGGCACCAUCCUUUUUAUGAAUCACUACCAGGCCCCGCCCAUGUCCGAUGGCCUCCCCCACAUCUCCACCAAUCAGGAUGAAGCCAAUGCCCUGGUCACCGUCGAGAGAGGCGACGGCUCUCGCAUCAACAUCUUCAUCGACCCCAACUGUCCCGACUACAACAGUAAUUUUUUGCGGCUGGAGGGCGUGCAGACGUCACUGCUGCACUCGCUAACCGGCCACGACUCUGACCUGAAGUCAGUGAAGAGCCAGGACCGGGCUCUUCUCGUCAGUCUGGCUGAGGAGGUGGCCAAGCUGUCGGCCCACGCCGGACAGCUGAAAAUGGACUUUGAGUCCCUGCGCAGGGGGCAGGGCAGCCUGGGGCAAGACCUCAACACGCUGCAGACGGAGCAGGGGCGCCUCAUACAGCUGCUGUCUGACAGCCAGAUCAACAUGGUGAAGGUGGUGAACUCGGUGAGCGACGCUCUCAACGCCAUGCAGAAGGAGAACGUGGGCCUGAAAGCUCGAGUGAAGGCCGACCUGCAGCGGGCGCCGGUCCGAGGGGCCCGUCUCAAGGGCUGCUCCAACGGCUCGCGUCCCCGUGACUGCGGUGACCUGUACGCCAGCGGUCAGCGAGAGGAUGGCAUCUACUCCGUGUUCCCCGUCCACCACCCUGCAGGCUUCCAGGUCUACUGCGACAUGACCACAGACGGCGGCGGCUGGACGGUGAUCCAGCGCAGGGAGGACGGCUCCGUCAACUUCUUCAGAGGAUGGGAGUCCUACCGCGAGGGAUUCGGGAAGAUCACCGGCGAACACUGGCUCGGGCUGAAGCAGAUCCAUGCGCUGUCCAUCCAGGGGAACUAUGAGCUGCGUAUCGACCUGGAGGACUUUGAAAAUAGCACCGCGUACGCCCAGUAUGGUACCUUUGGAGUAGGCCUCUUCUCAGUCGACCCUGAUGAUGAUGGAUACCCUUUGACUGUGGGAGACUAUUCUGGCAAUGCAGGUGAUUCUCUGCUGAAGCACAACGGGAUGAAGUUCACCACCAAAGACAGGGAUAACGACCACUCGGAGAACAACUGCGCCUCCUUCUACCACGGUGCCUGGUGGUACCGCAACUGCCACACCUCCAACCUUAAUGGCCAGUACCUGCGCGGUCAGCACACCUCCUACGCCGACGGCAUCGAGUGGUCCUCCUGGACCGGCUGGCAGUACUCCCUGAAGUUCUCCGAGAUGAAGAUACGACCGACCCGCGACACGGAGAAAAAAUGAGACGGACGAAACGAGAACGAAGACAAAAGGAAAAAAAAGAAGAAUUUUUUUGAAACAUUACAAAACCACAACUUCUGACAGCUAGGCGGAGUUACUUGUCUUGAUAUUGUUUGUUCACUAAAACAUACCUCUUUGAGUUUACUUGACUCUGCUGUUCGCCUCGUAGUGUCCCGUCCCCCUUUUUUUGCCCCUCUUCCUCCAUCCCUCAGCUACUAGUAACAUGCUGGCUUCCAUUAUCCUCUCCCUGGUCUCUUUCUAAACAAAAAAAAAAAAAAGAAAGAAAAAUAGCGGAACCAUCAUCCUUUUAUUUUUGAUCAUUCAGCUCACAAAAAAACAGCAUACCAGAGCACCGAACCCACAGCCCACUGCGCUAGCUUUACUCAGUCUGACAUGGUGGUCCAACCAUCCCCUGCAGAAUCACACACCAGUGAUUUCCUCCUGACAUGUAACUCUGACCUCCCAUCUGUGCUGACACGGCACUUAGAUCGUGGUUCAGUCUCGCUGCCCAUCGCUGCAUAAUCUGUGGCUGGAGUGGGUUGCUCCAAAUAUAAUAGACAGAGAAAAACAAACCAUGAACAGGAGAUACAAAUCCUCCCUGUCCCCCCUCUGCAAGGGAAGUUCGGAGUAUCCCCCAGUGAGAAGGGACAGCGCAGUGGUACACUACGUCACAUUUACAUCCCCGAUCUGUGUGAAUGAGACCCGGCGGGGUGUAGGUGGCAAGGAAGUGCGGGCCUGAAGAUAAUGAGCGGGAGACGGAGACCGAGAGCAAACAGGAAACAAUUUGACGAGAGUUAAAUUAGUCAGAGCGAAGGAGAGCUGAGUGAAUCAAGGCGGCGCGAGAGGAAGUGGAAGAAGAGGAGGUGCAAAAAAAAAAAAAAAAAAAAAAGAUGGAGAAACAGAAAUGAGAAAAAAAGGAAGAGACAACGGAGGAUCUCAUUCAUCUGACUUGGGCCAUUAGGGAGCAUAUUGGGCACUUUGUCUGAUCUGCCUGCCAGCUGAGUACUGGCCAACUGAUGCAGCACUCACAGAUGGUAACCCAGCACUUUGUGUGUGUGUGUGUGAGUGUGUGAGUGUACGUACGUACGUGUGUGUGUGUGUGUGUGUGUCUACGACAGAGAGAGACAGACAGAGUUCUGUAACACUAUCAAUUUCCUGUCAUGAGUUCAGUGGAGCAUCUCAACUGACUACAGUGUUUAGCAGAGACAGACUAAACACGAUGCAUGGCUGGCGAACCUUCACUCUCUCCAUCUAACUAGUUAACAUGACGAUUACAGAAGCCUGUAUUCGGACCCAAGGGGGACCAAUGGGAUCACGGAUCGAAACAAGGAGUAUCGGUCCCGCUGAUCCGAUUCUCUCGGACCUGUUGAGGAAACGUCACAUUUUGGCCAACAAUGCCACCUCUCUGCUUUUGUCAUUUUUUGUUUUUUUUCUCUCUCUCUCUUCUUUUCCAGGUGAUAAUUAUGGGAUUUGUUUGCGUGACAGUCGCUCUUGUCAUGCAAACAGAGAGAAAGUCGCUGUAUAAUAAGAUUUGACGCUCUCAAAUCACAGUAUUUUUCUUCUGAGUAGGAGUUCUGCAAUGUGUUACGGCAAAAACAAAAUUGCCUAAAGCAACCAAAAAAAAAAAACAAAAAAAAAAAAACAAGAAUGACAUAAAAAUACCAAAAAAAAUUAUAAAAAAAAUGUUAUGGAGAAAAAACACAAAAGGAAACAUGUGGGCAGAAAAUAGUGCAGUCCUGAUUUUCCUGUCUCUCUCUCUCUCCUUUUAUUUUUCAAGACGGUGAAUCAAGCUUCAUCGAGUUUCUUUGGAUGUACGAAGAGCUUUAAAAAGAUAUCUGUAGAUUUUCUUGUACAGUGUGUAUGACUUUUAGAGCAUGUGAAGCUGUUUUCUUACUAUGCUAAAACACAAAGAGUAUCUCAAGCACAUGGACUUACAAAAACUCCACUGGUUUAAAAAAAAAUGAAAGAAAGAAGAGAUGUAUUUACAGAACUUUUUUCCCCCCUUCCUCUACCUGACUGCCCCCCCCCAGCAGGUGGAGGAGGAAUGUGACUACCCCCUCAAGCACACGUCCGUUCAAAUCUGCAGCACAAAUAUAAAUCUUCUACGGAGGCACAAAACGAGAGAGACUUCAAAACCUCUUGGCACGUUAAGCUGCCAGGCUUGGACAUAUGUGAUUUUUCUGACAUUUUUGGAAAGAGUCCCGUGGCACUUGGGGUGACAGUCAUGAAUGUUUGCGGGAAAAAAAAAAAAAAAAAAAAAAUUGGUGUCGCCCCGGCUUGACAGCGAGUUUAACGUGUAGCACCGAGCGACGCUGCACCGAAUACCUCUGACUCUGGACCAGCUGUGAGUUUUUUUUUUCCUGUCGUCACCGGUGCGUUGAAGGGAUCUCCUGUCGCCGCGGGUGCGUUUUGCGCGGCACCUCGGCUGUGUACAUAAAGCUCUUCGGCGUCAUGUCUUGGUGGACCGCUGCCGCCUCUCUCGCUCAUCAGAAGCACAGACACACACGUUACAAAUACUUUGCUGAUGUUACGGUGGCACAGAGUUCGACGCCUGACAGCAGGCGGAGGACCUAAUUUGAAAUAAGCUGGAGAAGGAGCUGGACUACGUGUGCAUAUGUAUGCGUGUGUGUGGGUUGCGUGUGCACAUGUGUGCGUCUACAGUGUCUCUGUGUGUACACAUAUAUGCACAUGCUUGGGUUUGUACGUGCCCAUGUGCAUGAGCCAGGCGACAGAACAGGAGGCUUGAGUGCGUCUCUGUGUGGAAACAUUUUGAAGUAAUGUGAUGCUUAUGUACAACUCGCCUCCCCCCUCCCUGUCCCUCCCCCUCCCUCCCCCCAGUCCUGCUAUUUGUGUUGAUAACAGAGAGAUUUACAUAAUUAUAAUGAACUAUUACUUAUUGUGAUUGUGAAACCCAUAAGAGUGGACACCACCUUCUGGUACUGUGUUGAACUGCGCUCGUACCCUGAUAAAAAAAAAAAAAAAAAAAAAAACCCUCCCCGACAACCCACUCCCAAAAAAAAUCUUUCUUCACCUCGACACGACGUUGUGCUCACUGUAUAUGUUGAUGCUAUGUUGCCCCCUCGUUAUUUAAAUGUAAGCUAUUAUUUGCCAUGCGCCCUUUCGUGUGUUUUUUCUGUCGAGUGAAUGCCUUUGUAGUCACUCUCUCUGCUGCUGCAGCUUGCCGAGUCUCAGACGGAAAGAGAUGAUAAAAGAGUGAAAUCAGAGGCUCUAAUCAUUCCCAGUUAUCCCGCUCAUUACAGUGCAUCAGCAUCCUCCCGAUCGAUCCCCCAGGUCCCCAAACCUUCUAUCUUUCUUACUGUGUACCUCCUUAAUUGCCUUAGCCUCUGCUGCCAAUUCCCCCUCACUCCACAGCUCCUAAAUCCUCCUCUCCUUCUCCUUCCAGCUCCCGACUCCCUGCCUCUUUAUUACCCUGCUUUCCUCUCCUGCCUUCCUCCCCCACAAGUCCUCCCAUUCCCUUCAGUCCCAGCGCAGAACUAACUCUGUUUUUCCUUUAUUUUUCUUUUCUUUUUUUGGUGAAGUACUAUAGAUUGUUUUGCUGAAUCUUGAUACUGUGUUUUAAUGUUCUUGUCAACAUUUAAUAAACAUUCACAUUUUAUAAAUGGGGAA